AUGGUCGCCAGAGACGCCACAAAGAAGCGCAAGGCGGUUACUCGCGAUGUGGAGGAGGAAGCUGGAGUUUUCUCUGGUGAUGAAUUGAGCGCAGAAAACCUCAAUCUCUCCGACAAUGACAACGAACUUUCGGAGAGCGAAGACGAAAGCGAUUCCGAAAUCGAGCUGAUUGAUGACUUCAGCGAUGAAGAGGAAGACGAUGAGGAGGAAUUGGACAGUGAUGAGAUCCCCUCCGAUGGGGAGGAUGAGGAGAAGCAGAAGAAGACUGUCCGCUCCAAUGCCGACGACCCCAACGUUCGCAUCGUGAAGGACGCCAACGGAAACGACCGCUACCUAUACGACGAAAUCAUCCCCGACGACAAUUCAGACUACUCCGAGGCUGAGGAAAACGCCAACACCAUUGGUGAUAUCCCUCUGACAUUCUACGACCAGUACCCUCACAUCGGUUACAACAUCAAUGGAAAGAAGAUCAUGCGUCCGGCCAAGGGUGAAGCGCUGGAUGCUUUGUUGGACAGCAUUGAGAUCCCCAAGGGCUGGACCGGUCUUACUGAUCCAUCCACUGGCAAGCCUUUGAACUUGACUCAAGAUGAAUUGAUGCUGUUGAAGAAGGUGCAGAUGAACGAGAUCACCAGUGAUGGCUACGAUCAAUAUGAGCCCUUGGUGGAAUACUUUUCUAGCCACCAGGAGAUCAUGCCCCUCAGCGCUGCCCCAGAGCCCAAGCGCAGAUUUGUGCCAUCCAAGCACGAGGCCAAGCGUGUGAUGAAGAUUGUGAAGGCCAUCCGCGAGGGCCGCAUUCAACCUUAUAGAGCACCGGAGGAGCGUGAGGAUGAGGAUGAGAACGUCGUCAACUUCGAUCUCUGGGCCGACGAGGUCGAGCGCAAGGAUCACAUCAUGCACAUCCCGGCACCCAAACUGCCGCCACCUGGCUACGAGGAGAGUUAUCACCCGCCCCCAGAGUACCUUCCCGAUAAGAAGGAGCGCAAGGAGUGGGAGCAGACUGACCCCGAGGAUCGGGAGAAGGAAUUCCUGCCCAAUGACUUCGGUUCUCUUCGUCGGGUUCCUGGCUUUGAGAACUUUAUUAAGGAGAAGUUCGAGCGUUGCUUGGAUCUUUACCUGGCACCCAGAGUUCGUCGCAGCAAGCUGAACAUUGACCCCGAAAGUCUUCUCCCCAAGCUUCCCAGCCCCGAAGAACUCAAGCCUUUCCCCACGUCAUGCGCGACAGUGUUCCGCGGACACAAGGGCCGUGUUCGCUCGCUUGCUGUGGACCCGACUGGAAUCUGGCUUGCAACUGGUGGUGACGAUGGUACAGUUCGUGUCUGGGAACUCCUGACUGGUCGCCAGCUCUGGAGCGCCAAGAUGAGCGAUGAGGAUGCCGUCAAUGUUGUCAGCUGGCGUCCUGGUAAGGAUGCUAUCGUCCUUGCUGCCGCCUGUGGAGACGACAUCUACCUUUCAGUUCCCCCGAUUGCCGAUCCCGAGAUCGAGAAGGCUAGUCUGGAGCUCCUCGACGGAGGUUGGGGUUAUGCAGCAUCUGCCCCUGCCCUUAACAUCGUUGAGGCCAAGAAGGCCAACAAGCCUGUUUCGUGGAUUCGCCCCUCAUCUGCCCUGGCCGAAGCCGGUGUUUCUGUUGUCAUUCCUCUCCGUUACGUGCCCAAGUCUAUUUCCUGGCACCGUCGUGGUGACUACUUCGUCACCGUCUGCUCCGGCGCCUCGACCCCCGCGUCCGUGGCCAUCUCCAUCCACACCAUCUCCAAGCACCUCACCCAAUUCCCCUUCCGACGCCGCCUCAAGGGUGGUGGUCCCCCUCAGACAGCUCACUUCCAUCCUUCGAAACCGAUUCUCUUUGUCGCAAACCAGCGUUCCAUUCGCGCGUACGACCUUUCACGACAACUGCUGGUCAAGAUCUUGCAGCCUGGUGCGCGCUGGAUCUCUUCCUUCGAUAUCCACCCUACCUCCUCCACUGCCUCCGGCGGCGACAACAUCAUCAUUGGAUCUUAUGAUCGUCGUCUGCUCUGGCACGAUCUGGAUCUGUCCCCCCGCCCUUACAAGACCCUUCGCUACCACCGCAAGGCUAUUCGUGCCGUCAAGUUCCACCCCGGUGGCCGCUACCCCUUGUUCGCCGAUGCUAGUGACGAUGGUUCUAUUCAGAUCUUCCACGGCAGCGUUACAGGAGACAUGCUUAGCAAUGCCACCAUUGUUCCACUCAAGGUUCUCAAGGGCCACAAGGUCACUGGUGAAUUGGGUGUCCUGGACAUUGACUGGCACCCGCGUGAAGCCUGGUGUGUCAGUGCUGGUGCCGAUGGUACAUGUCGGUUGUGGAUGUAA